AUGGAAACCUUUAAGUGUAAAUAACUUAAUCAUGAAAAUAAAGAAAUAAUUGGAUUUUGUUUUAAUCAGAAUUGUUAAAAUACAACUGAAUAUUGUUAUGAAUGUUUAUAAACAAAUCAUUCAGAACAUUUUAAUGAUUGCAUUUAAUUCACCAAAAUAAUUUAAUUUAUAAAUGAAUUCAUGUAAGUGUAGAAUCAAUCAAGGAAAUAACUCCAAGAAAUGUCUAAGCGACUUUAAAAUUAUUUAGAAUAAAGUUUUAAGAAAAUGGAUUAGGAUAUAAAAACAUUGAAACAAUUAACUUAAAAACUUUAAAAUAAAGAUUACUUGACUUUUAAGUCGUAAAUUAACAUAAUCAAACGAAUUUAUUAAAAGGGAAAAGAAAAUGAGUAAUGUAUCCUUUUUGAUUAAUUAGUAUAGAAUAAUAGAUAUUCAAAUUAAAUACUAUCCUUGAUACAAUCAUAUCUGAUUAGCUGA